GUGGAUUAAAAAGAAUUGAUUUUGUAUUUCAAAAAAAGAAAAGGAAAAAGAAUUGAUUUUGAUGUGAGACUCCUUCGAGAUUUGGGAUAUCUUAUUUCACGAGACACCCGGAAAAAGACCUUAUGAUGCGAAGGGGGACGUAGGUUUAUUUUUGUUUUUUUUGUUUUUUUUUUGAUCUCCUUGCGAAGAAGAUGGAUCACAGAGAAGAAAAAAGUGAUAUUGAGAUUGAGGGUAUGGUGAAAGGCGCCGACUUUGACCGCCGGGGAUCAGGGUUCUCCGACGACAUGGAGUUCACGGCGUUGGCGAGAGAGCCGUUGCUGUUUAAGAGCAGAAGCAACAGGACCUCUCAGAUUGCCAUUGUUGGUGCCAAUAGCUGCCCCAUUGAGAGCCUUGAUUACGAGAUUGUGGAGAAUGAUCUGUUUAAGCAAGACUGGAGGUCUAGGAAGAAGACCGAGAUCUACCAGUAUAUUUUUCUGAAGUGGACACUUGCACUCCUUAUUGGGUUAGGCACAGGGCUUGUUGGUUUCUUCAAUAAUCUUGCUGUUGAGAACAUUGCUGGCCUCAAACUUCUGCUCACCAAUAAUCUCAUGCUAGAGGACAAAUAUUUUCAGGCAUUUGCAUCAUAUGCUGGCUGCAACAUGGCUUUGGCUAUUGCUGCUGCAGCUCUUUGUGCAUAUAUUGCCCCUGCAGCUGCAGGCUCUGGGAUACCGGAGGUAAAAGCAUAUCUUAAUGGAGUAGAUGCCCAUUCUAUUCUGGCUCCAAGUACACUCUUUGUAAAGAUUUUUGGUUCCAUAUUUGGAGUUGCUGCUGGAUUCGUUGUCGGCAAGGAAGGACCUAUGGUGCAUACUGGUGCAUGCAUAGCCUCUCUCCUUGGACAGGGUGGUUCUCGUCGGUACCAUUUGACUUGGAGAUGGCUAAGACACUUCAAAAAUGACAGGGACCGUCGGGAUUUAAUUACCUGUGGUGCUGCUGCCGGUGUGGCAGCUGCCUUCCGUGCCCCAGUAGGUGGAGUCCUCUUUGCCCUUGAAGAAGCAGCUUCCUGGUGGCGGAGCGCCCUUCUUUGGAGGACCUUUUUCACAACAGCUGUUGUGGCAAUGGUGUUGAGAACUUUAAUACAAAUUUGCCGGACUGGAAAAUGUGGUCUAUUUGGGCAAGGAGGCUUGAUAAUGUUUGAUGUCAAUUCAGCAAAUCCCACUUACGGUGCUCCAGAUCUACUGGCAAUUGUAUUCCUUGGGAUUGUUGGAGGAGUUCUUGGAAGCUUUUACAAUUAUCUCGUGGGCAUGGUGCUUCGUUCUUACAGCAUCAUCAAUGAGAAAGGUCCAAGGUUUAAAAUCCUGCUGGUCAUCACAGUUUCGCUUCUCACCUCGUGUUGCUCAUAUGGUCUGCCUUGGCUUUCACAAUGCAUUCCUUGUCCUGCAAACCUAGAAGACCAAUGCCCCACCGUAGGCCGCUCUGGAAACUAUAAGAAUUUUCAGUGUCCACCAAACCAUUACAAUGACCUUGCUUCCCUCUUCCUAAACACCAAUGAUGAUGCCAUCCGCAACUUACUAAACUCUCGCACUUCAACAGAAUUUCAUCUCUCUACUCUUUUUGUUUUCUUUACCGCAAUUUACUGCCUUGGCAUUAUAACUUAUGGCAUUGCCAUUCCUUCUGGACUCUUCAUCCCCGUAAUACUUGCUGGAUCCUCUUAUGGAAGGCUUAUUGGGACCCUCCUUGUUCCUGUUUCUGAUCUUGAUGUGGGUCGGUUUGCCCUCCUUGGAGCUGCUUCUUUCCUGGGAGGGACGAUGAGAAUGACGGUUUCUCUUUGCAUCAUACUUCUUGAACUUACUAAUGACCUGUUGUUAUUGCCACUGGUGAUGCUAGUUCUCCUUAUUUCAAAAACAGUGGCUGAUUGUUUCAAUAAUGGUGUGUAUGAUCAGAUUGUGAGAAUGAAGGGAUUGCCUUAUUUGGAAGCUCAUGCUGAACCAUACAUGAGUAACUUGGUUGCAAGUGAUGUUGUUUCAGGACCGCUAGUUACAUUUUCAGGGGUUGAAAAAGUGGGGAACAUACUGCAUGCUUUAAGAAAAACAGGGCAUAAUGGGUUCCCUGUGAUUGAUGAGCCACCUUCCACAGAUGCUCCAGAGUUGUGUGGGCUUGUUUUGAGGUCUCAUCUGCUCGUGUUGCUUAAAGGGAAGAAAUUCAGUAAGCAGAAAAUGAUGACAGGAUCAGAAAUAAUGAGGAGAUUCAAGGCACAUGAUUUUGCAAAGGCAGGUUCAGGUAAAGGGCCAAAACUGGAGGAUUUGGACAUCAAGGAGGAGGAGAUGGAGAUGUAUGUGGAUCUCCACCCUAUUACAAAUACGUCCCCAUAUACGGUUGUGGAGACAAUGUCACUUGCAAAAGCUGCUGUUCUCUUCCGGGGACUUGGGCUCAGACACUUGUGUGUGGUACCAAAGAAAGCCGGGAGGCCUCCAAUUGAACUUUGAAAGAGACCUUGAAAUGAAAAAAGAAGGAAUAAGACCUUCAUUAGAAUCAAGAUGUAUUCCACAGUUUGCUUAAGCUCUCAAUUAAAUUAUGUCCAUGUAAUGUAUCUAUUAGCUUGGGGUAUUCUUUGAUUGCAGAAUUAAAGGUCAAAGGAACUC